AAGAUCUGGGAUCCGACGACCGGCCAGUGCGUGGCGACGCUCGAGGGCCAUCGCUACUCGGUCUACUCCGUGGCCUGGUCGCCCGAUGCGAGCCGGCUGGCGUCGGCGUCAUACGACGAGACCGUCAAGAUCUGGGAUCCGGCGACCGGCCAGUGCGUGGCGACGCUCGAGAUCGGUCGCAUCGACAGUCUCCAGUUCCAUGAAUAUAACCCCGACCUUGUACAUACCGACCUUGGCACAUUCGACUUGAAAACCGUCGGAAUCUGUACGGCCUUUGACCCUACCUCUACUGAUCGUUCAUCACCAGCCGCUAUUGGAUACGGCUUGAGCAGCAACGGUACCUGGAUUACGUAUAAAGGAGAAAACCUGCUAUGGCUGCCGCCUGAGUAUCGGCCAUCAUCUUCUGCUAUAUCUGGAACGGCUGUGUCAAUCGGCUGUUCUUCAGGCCGUAUCUUGUUCUUCAUCUUCACAGACAGCAAUCUGAUUCAGUAG